AUGACUACAGAAAACGAUUUGGUCAAGUGCUUUCAGUGCAACGCCUGCCACGAUGGCUCGCCCGAAGGCAUCGACCUUGAUAACCACCCGACUCUGAAAAAGCUUGCCAACAGAUCUCUGGAGUUCUUGCUCGAAGUACAGAAUCUGACUCCUGGUAAGAACCUCGAGAAGCGUCUGAAUGCUGAGUAUGGUCCUGGCAACCCAUACUUUGAGGACUUUUGCAAGUACAUCAAGCAAGGCUUCGAAGAGGGCUGGGUCGCUACCCACUUGAUUGAUGGACCAAAAUAUCGACGUGGCAAGAUCAUGCACCCGACUGCAGAUAACCUCUACAUGUCGCUCACAGCCGUCUACUUCGAUUCUCCGGAGCGGUACUCAGGCCAAUAUCACAAACAUCCAUACGGUGAGAUCAACUGCGUUAUUCCUAUCGAUCCCAAUUUCCAGCUCGAAAGUCUGCCCGAGGACACUUGGAUCGGCGCUGGCUGGACCAGUCUGGCGCCUGGCACGCAUCACUAUCCUAGGGCCCGAGGUGGCAGAGGCAUUGCGUUCUUCUUCUUGCCGAGUGGGAGGAUUGCGUAUAAUGCUAAGCCUGGGGAGCCUCAACCUGCUACUCUUUAA